AUGGCCGAAGUAACCACCCUCGAUGCGCUGCAGCUUUUCCACCGCGACCUAGCUGCCGUUCGCAACGGACGUCCCGAAGGCGUCGAGUCCUUGGACAACCCCGAGAUCCAAGCUUUAUUCGAAAGGGAGCUCGAGAAGACAUGGCAACGUCCGCCAAGAGACGAGAAGAGUCGCCAGGCCGUCAAGUCAGGCAAGCUUGUCAUCGACGAAGAAGAAUACGGCCUCAACGAAGAGUUCCAGCAGAUUGUGCUCAACCUUGCCGACGAGGCCGAGAUCAACGAAAUCGAAGCGACACGAUGCCUGCUCGACGCCAAAGAUGACCCUGCCAGCUUGGGCCGCUCGCUGCUCGAGUGCGGUCUGAUCCGGGUCCACCAACAGCGCAAAUACACCCUCGACAUCGUGCGACUGAUGAUGGAGAUUGAUGCGCUGGAUGAGGAGGAUGUUGAACCAGAAGUUCUUAACGUUGUGCAGAUGUGCCUGUCUGCGACUGUUUUCCAGAACCUGCCUGGCGAAACCGCUUCGUCACAAAAGAGACUGCUGCCGAGGUGCAUGUCAGCGAUGCAGGAUGUCAGGGCAUGGCUUCAGAAGAUUGCCGACAAGAUGACGGCCACCGCCGUCUUGAUCAAUGGUAGGGGCGGCCAGGUGCCGGAGGAGAUGGAGACGGUAGAAUUCUCUCGGGUCAGCCUUUACCAGCAACACGAGAUCCUCGCCGUCAUUCUCUGUCGCGCAAUCGAGAAGCGGGAGGCCGAGAUUGGCGAUUUCAAAGCUUUCUUACAAAAUUUGAGGAAUGCCGAUAAAUACGACGUGCUGCUUGCACAUCUGUUCCCCGCCUUGGGUGCAUACAUAACCCUAUACGGCUCGACGGAAGGUAUAUCCAACCUCAGCAUGGCCAGAGAGCUCAACCCGAUCAUCUGCCCGCAGCAGGACGAGAGCCCCUGGCGCCUGGUCUACCUACAGGCGGCGGUCAAAGCUUGGUGGCUGGCCGAGUACAGCGGGUGGUAUCUUGACGAUUCUCUUCUCGGAGGUUUGGAAGGCGUGGAUUUGGAUCAAGAGGAUCGCCAGAGGUCAAAGCAAUUCCUGGAGGCGCUGAAGGACGGUGCUUUCGACUUCAUCCUCUCCAUUGCUGCAGAUGUCAAGACUCCUGAAUGGGUCGACCCUUCGAGGAUUACCAUGCGCAACUGGCUUCAGCGCAAGGCCCCUCCGCUCAUCUCAGACUCGAUUGUCUUUGCCGAAUACUUCCAAACACUGCUGAUGAACCAGCUGGAGGUUUUCGUCGACGCUUUCAUUUCCAAUCUCCCUGACGUCCUCAGAAAGCUUCGUGUGGAAGAGGACGAGCAACGCCAACUCAGCCAGACACACGAACAGGAUCUGGAUCUGGAGCGCUUCCUGGUUGUCAUUGCCUACGCGUACGAAGGUCGCCCUGAUGCUGCGAUGAGCUUCUGGUCGGACCCCGACAGCAACCUGGCGGGUUUUAUGCAUUGGGCCUCACGAAGAGCCUCAACGCCACUCGUCAGUUCGUUCUGUGAGAUGUUGCAGGCCAUUUCCGGGAACGAUGAGUGCGCGACGGCUGCUCACGACUUUUUGCUGGAUGAGGGGCAUCAUGCGUCGGGCAAGAUGAGACGGUCGCAGUCCCUUACCUGGCAUCAAAUCUUCCGAGAACUUGUCUUCUUCUCAAACAAGAUCAGGGAGAAGGCUACGGCCCCCCAGGUUUCAUCGACCUACCGACCCGGCAGGCCCAGCAGCGACCAGGCCGAAGCGGAGCCCGAGUCUACCAUGAUGCUGCAGUCAUAUCUGAGGCUCAUCACUAAGCUGGCUUCCGAGAGCGAGACCGCCAGACAAUUCCUUCUGAAGGAGCCCAGCUUCAACCUUGUAGAGAUGCUCUUCCAGCUGGCCAGCAGUCCUGUUCCGGCGGACCUGCGAGCAGGCACCUUCAUGGCCUUGCGCGCGCUGAUUUCCCGGAAAACUCAAGAGGAAGCCAACAUCAUGUGGCAAUGCUUGGAGGCCUGGAUGAACGGCGCUUACAUUGUGACACCAAGCCAGCACCGGUCACCCCAAAGCUCCCCGGUUGUGUCUAUGGACACGGUCAGCGAUGACAUCUGCCACGGCUUUGACGAGCCCCAUGCUUUCAUCCAGCUUCUGAUCGCGCUUAUCACGCCACCCGAGGACAGCAGCUCCCUCAACGAUUCCCUACCCUUUCCCGAGAACCUCGGUUCAGCCAACCGCAUGCCCGGCAUCGAAAUCUACGUCGACACCGUCCUGGGUAAGGUCUUGGCAAACAAAGCCAACGAAGUCAACGACAUCAACCAGCUGAGAAUGCUCCGCUUGAGCUGUCUCGAGUUCGCUGCAACAUGUCUAUCGACAUUUAACGAAAACUUGAUCGUCAUCGCCAACGAGACUAAUAUUCCCAUCGAUUCGGCAAUGGCAGCGACGGACUUGGCUACAUACGUCAAACUCCACCCUUUCGCCCGAGUUAUGGAAUGGAUGUUCAACGACAAGGUUAUUGCCGCCCUCGCCCAGACCAUUCAUCAAGAUGCUGUGGAUGUGGGAAAUGCACCGCCCGACUCGCCAGUGAUUCUCGGUAUUCUCAGGGCUGUCGAGGUUAUCUCCAAGGUCCUGGACCUGCAGGCCACUUUCCUCGAUCUUGUCCGUCCCCUGAUCAAGAUGCAGUCCAACCACCGACGCCCGCCUGUUGCCAACGCCGCGUACGCCUCUUUUGAAGACGGUCUGGUCGGCCAUCUUAGCCUUGUAGUCGACCUAGGGAACUACUGUGGUCUCGGCCAUCCCGAAGUAACCCUGUCCUGUCUGAGGUUACUGCAGAAGAUGACGGCGUCGUUCAAGAUCACGUCGGCGUGGUCAUCGACACCUGGCCGCAAGAGCCAUCGCAACAAAGCCAUUGUCGCGCUCGAGGCCAACGGGGAGCACGAGACCAUCGCUCGGUCACUCGCCGCAGAGCUGAUGACGCCCCUCGACUGGGGACGGGAAGCCGAGUCGCCCGACUACCUCACCAAAACAUACAUUCUCGAUUUUCUCUCCAGCUGCCUGGCUGCCAAUCCUGACAAGCCUACGAUUGCUCAUCUUCUUUUGGGCUUCCACUGCGGCGUCGACUCGCUGUCGACAGAGCCCAAUGGCCCUUUUGCUGCCAGGACGUCGGUCUUCCACAACAUGCUGAGGCUACUGUUGGAAACACCAUUUGGUGAUGCCCACGGCAUGCGGCAUUGGCUAGUCUCCUUGAAGAGCAAAUGCAUGCACAUUCUCCGAGUCUUGUGGACAUCACCACUGUCAGCCCCGUUUGUCAUUGAUGAACUCCGCGAUAACGACGUCCUGUUUCACUUCUUGCUCCGCGAGGUUGUCAUCCAGCCGCAAUUGCCUUGGGAAAACCAAGACAUCAGUGCUCCUAAUUUCCCGCUUACUGAAGGCGCUCCGACGUUCAUCGAGUUUCUUGCUCUACGGAGCAUGAGCUUGGAGUACAUCGCAAUGGAGCUCUGCAGCAUAUCGCAGAGUCGGAUGCCGUCCCUCAAACGGCGGAUAUUCGAGGCUCUCAACGGUCAGAUUGUGGGCGAGAACAACGAGCCCAUGCCCAUCCCUACCGUGUUCGACUUGUACGACUUUUCACUACCCGAGGGCAUAUGGGGCGAGUCACUUCCCGCUCUUCAGUUCUAUAAAGACCUCGACCUCAGCACCUGUCUCGGGGAAGACGACCACGGAAAUGCCAUUUAUAAUAUUGACCGAGCGAGGGAGAUUCUGCUACUGAAAGGUAGCGAGAGAAGACAUGAGGGCGUUAUUCUCACAGCACAAGACUUUGCCACCCUGGAACGGGAGGAGACGCUCAUCAUCAACUACCUCAUUUUCACUAACCGCCAAAGGCGGAUAGCAUCGCAAGGUCUUGUUGUUCUCAAGACGUGGACGAGUCUGCUCCUCGUCAUGGUCGCAUCCAACGAGUUCAAGGGCACGACAGAGGCCUCAUUCUACUUGCAAGCGCUGCAGGCUAUCCUGCCGGGCCUGGAAGCGUCGGCGUCGGAGCGGCCAGAAGAAGCCAUGGAACUUGCCAAGCUGGCCAGGGUUCUCCUUUUCAAGCUCGACUUGACCUCGAAGCCUUCGCUGGACCGUGAGAGCCAGGCCAUCGGCAGCCUCGUCAGUGACAAGCUUUACCAGCUUUUCCAGGUCUGCUUGCAAGCCAUUGGCAAAUGGACUGGCUCGUCAGACCUCCGGGCAAUCUACUACAGUAUCUGCUACCGCUACCUGACGGGCAUGGUAGACCAGGGGCUGCUCGUCGCCGGCCGUCAGAAGACGAUCAAGACGAUUCAGAUGUACGGCGAGCGGCUCAUCAACGUCAUCUGCGAUGAUGCCUACAGCAGCGAUGCCGCAUGCCAGGCUGCCGCCUUCAUUCUGCUUAACGCGCUGGUUAACCUCGGACGUCAAGAAGAUGACUCGCACAUUGUCGAAACGCUUAACCGGCUAAACUUCAUUGGCAUCCUCGUCGACUCUCUCCGGACCAUCCUGCAAGACUGGACCGAGGUCGUCCACACGGGCAACACGGCGCAGGAGACGUACGUGGCAGCCAAGUUUGCACUGCUCCUGCAGCUCGCGCAGACCAAACCCGGCGCCAAGUACAUCCUCCACGCGAACCUCUUCCGUUCGAUCGAGGCCUCCGGCCUCUUCGCGGCAGACCCCGAGCUGCAGAUCGACCCCAUGAAUCCCAAGGCUCUGGAGAAGCACUACGAGCUGCUCGCCAAGGUCACGCAGGUCGUGGGUGCAGCCAUCGUCAGCCGCGGCUCCAGCAACGUGCUCCAGGGCCGUAGGUUCCUCACGGAGCACCGCAUGCUGGUGACACAUACCCUCAAGCGCAGCGCGGGCAUCGGCACAGUAGAAGGGGAAGGCGGUGUCUUGGAAGACCACAUCGAGGAGCUGGCCGAGGGCUUCAUGGUUCUGAUUGGCGCGACUGGUUUCCUAGAGUUUGAGAACGAGGUGAUGCCGGAGCCCAAGAAACAAGGCCCCGUCUUGUUUACUUGA